AUGAGUUCAAUCAGGAUUGAUCAAGCAGAGCUCGCAGGCUUUAUCGCGGAGAGCGUACUCUACGGUACUGUCAAACCUUGUCUUUCUCUCGCGAUACUGGGGAUCAGCUUGUUCCUGCUUCUACGGCGCAGGUCAAGCGGACAGUCUGUGGGCAGCCCGAUUGUAAAAGGGGCAUUGGUGGUAGCGACUGUCCUUUUACUUAUCCUUUCCACAGCGCAUUGGUGUCUGGACGCGGACCGGGCAUGGUCCGGUUUUGUGGAAACGCCGGGCGCUGAGGGCCUUCCCGGGUCUCUCCUCUUCUACGCGCAACUAUGGGACGCAAGGAACGUAGCGAGGACGAUCAUCUUCACGGUCCAGGCGACGAUUCUUGACGCGGUUCUGGUAUACCGAGUGUAUGUUAUCUGGAACAACAACUGGUUACCUACGAUACUACCGGCGUUGGCGACCGUGGGGACGUUCGGUAUGACAUUUCGCGGACAGCGAUGGGCUUCUCUCACGCACGAGUCUACAGUGAGCGGUAUUGGCGUAUCCAUCGCGUUCUCCAAAGUUCAACCCGGAGAAGACGUGUUCAUUUCGACCACCGGAAAUUGGAUAACUAGCGUCUUCUCUCUCAGCCUAGGAAAGUUCAGUACCAACGUCCUGGCCAUUGCGUUGAUUGGGUGGAGGAUCAUCAGGAGAGAUCGCGUCAUGAAAUCGUACACGUCGACGACUCUAUCGCCUCUUCUCCUAAUUCUCGUAGAGAGUGCAGCGCUUGUCAGCUGUCUCAACCUCAUGACGCUCACGGCGUACGAGGCGCAGUCCAACGUCCAGUUCAUCUCCGUAGCCAUGUCCGCGCCGAUGACCGGCAUCUCCUUCGGGCUCAUCAUCGUCCGCGUCGGGCUCGGCAUGGCCGGCGGCGGGUCAGCGCCGACGUUCCUCAGCACGGCCAGCCGGCCGGGCGUGACGACGGGGAACGGCAGCACGUACCCGAUGCAGCUCCGGAUCACGAAGGAGACCGAGUACGACUACCCCGCGCCGCAGAAGGACAGCACGUCCUGGAGCGGCGGGUCGUCCCUGCCCGCCGUGUGA